AUGGAAAAUGGAAGUCAUUCAGCAGUAACUGAAUUUGUCCUCCAAGGAUCAUCACAGGUUUUGGGGUUACAGCUAUUUCUUUGUGUUCUGCUGCUCCUUUUCUAUAUCAUCAUCCUCCCUGGGAAUAUCUGCAUAAUUGUGACAAUUCAGAAUAAUCCCUCUCUGAAAUCACCCAUGUUUUUCUUCUUGGCCAAUCUGGCCUUGCUGGAUAUCUUCUACAGUUGUGUCACCCCUCCAAAGCUCAUUUUCAACAUCUUCUCUGGCUGCAGGACAAUUUCCUAUUUAGGUUGUAUCACUCAGAUAUUUUUCAUUCAUUUUCUAGGAGGAGCUGAGAUGUUCCUCCUCAUUGCCAUGGCUAUUGACCGGUACGUAGCCAUCUGCCAUCCAUUGCACUAUGCCACAGUGGUAAGCAGAGUCACUUGCUGGGCUAUGGUAAUAGCUUCAUGGAUUGGAGGAUUCAUACAUUCCAUCAUCCAGGUCAUUCUCAUAAUUCCACUUCCAUUCUGUGGCCCCAAUAAGUUGGAUAACUUCUUUUGUGAUAUCACCCAGAUCAUCAGAUUGGCUUGCACCAAUACCUACAUUCUUGAGUAUGUCAUGUUUGUCAGUAGUGGCCUUGUAAGCACUGCAUGCUUCAUACUCCUCCUCAUCUCCUAUGGCACACUGCUGGUAAAAGUGAGGAUGGGCUCCAGUAUAGGAAAAAACAAAGCCUAUUCUACCUGCAUCACCCAUAUCAUUAUCAUCUUCAUCAUGUUUGGUCCAGCCAUCUAUAUCUACUGCCAUCCUUUCCAAGACUACCCUUUUGACAAGGUCGUGGCCUUUUUCCACACUAUGAUCUUCCCCUUGUUGAAUCCCAUGAUCUACACCCUGAGGAACAAGGAGAUCAAAGUUGCAAUGUGGAGACUGUUCAAGAAUAUAAAAUGUAGACACUGA